AUGAAAAAGACUGAACCUACAAUUAACAACGCGGAUAGUCAAGCUUUGCUGAAACAAGUUGCCCUUACUGAAUCACUUGGUGGAUGGGAAGAUGGCAUUCUAACCAUUGGCACUCUUGGUUAUGAUCCCUUGAAGUCCAUCAACCCUCACAAAGAAUACUUUGCUUUGGAAAUUGAAGUUGAACAAGAAGAUGGUGAAGGAGAGAACAGCAUCAUGGUGGAUGAGGAGGAGGAAAAGUGCUAUAAUGCUGAGCACGAGGAACUUAAUCCAUUGAUAUACAACUCAUUUGAGCAUAAUUUUGAGGAUAUUGUUAGUGAAAAUUAUGAUGAUGGGGAUGCGGUUAGGAGUUUCAACGAAAUUGUUGUGGCUCCACCUGUGAUUUCUUAUGACGUCAUGGAAUCAUACGAUGUGGAGGCUGAUGAAAAGAAGAAGAAAGGAGAGAGGAUCACAUUGGCCGAUCUCUUCUUAGCUGAUUCUGAUGUUAAGAUAAAGCUAAACCCUGCCAAAGUUUGCCACCUUGCUUCAAGUGAAAAACCAAACCUUAAAGCAAAGCAUGGACUCUCUUUUGCCAAGAAGCUCAUUCCCCGUGUUAAGGACAAUCCUCAUCCAAUGAAAGACAUCAAAAAACUGAUGAAGAAGAUGUUGAAGAGGAAAAUCCACCCUGAUCUUGAUCUCAAGAAUCAGAAACCAGAAGGUCAGGAAGUGAGUGGAGCAGGGUUAAACCUUGAUGAUAAUCACAUGAAUGAAGGCAAUGACUCAAGUUAUUUCCUUUCAAUUUAA